GAAGAGGUUCUACUCCACCUCUGCUCUGUGUGGACUCAGAUCCAAACACAGCCCAGUUCUGGGUGCCCUCUCUGAAGCCAGCUGGUCUGGCUUUAAACCACUUCGGCCACUUUUUCAAUCCUUUCUUCUUCUCUUUGCGAGGGACUGAGUGAAUAAACCCGCAGCUGGAGCUGUGUGGGAUCGAACCUUCCAGGUGAAGGCAGGACAAACAAUAAGCACUGGUGCUUGUUUGAGCGGCGCGUGCUCCCGGAGAACCCCCGCUGGACCGACGGACGGACAAAGUGUGCGUGGAGCGGAGUGGAGCGGUAAGUUACGGAGAAGUUUUCCACAGUUUUGGACUGAGAAGUGAAAAAGAAUUAUCCGCGAGAAAGUGGAUGUGAAUCAGAAGCAGAGAGUUUGUGAAUAAGACGAGAAAAGAAAAGAGCAGAAAGAUGGGGAGAAAAAAGAUUCAGAUCGCACGGAUUAUGGAUGAACGAAACAGACAUGUGACCUUUACCAAGCGUAAGUUUGGCCUGAUGAAGAAAGCGUACGAGCUGAGCGUCUUGUGUGACUGUGAGAUUGCUCUCAUCAUAUUCAACAGCACCAACAAGCUGUUCCAGUACGCCAGCACUGACAUGGACAAAGUUCUGCUCAAGUACACCGAAUAUAACGAGCCCCACGAGAGCAGGACCAACUCUGACAUUGUUGAUACACUGCGUAAGAAGGGCUUAAACGGCUGUGACAGCCCUGAUAUUGAGGCCGAAGACUCUGCUGGCCAGAGCCCAGAAUCAGACGACAAAUACCGUAAAAUCAACGAUGACAUCGACCUGAUGAUUAACCGACAGAGAAUUUGCGGUCUGCCCCCUUCAAACUACGAUAUGGGAGUGGCCAUCCCUGGUAGCAAUCCCUGUGGACUACUCUACUCACACCCUGCCACAGGGGGCGCUCUAGGUAGCACCAACCUGCUGCCCAUCACACCAGCCUCCCUGCAGAGAAACAGCAUGUCUCCUCAGCGGCCCCACAGCACAGGAAGUGCAGGACUGAUGGGCUCCGAGCUGACGAGCGCUGUGGUCUCCAAUGUGGGAAAUGGCAGCUACAGCAGUCACUGCACUUCUCCAGGACUGAUACCUGCAGCUGGUAUUUCUAAAAAUGUGCAGGACCGGAGUCCUCCUCCAAUCAGCAUGAGCCAUAAGCCUGACUUCCGAACACUGUUGCCCCCCUCUAUCAAAUGCAACAGCAUGCCAAAUGUUAACCAGAGAAUAAAUCUUUCACAGACGGCCCAGACAAUACUACUCUGCAGUGUCCAUGCUGCUUCAGCUUUGCCCGGACAAGGGAUGGGCGGAUAUCCUUCAGGACUCCCCAGUUCUCAUGAAUUGUCUCUUAGUAGUGACCUGUCUGCUCUUUCUGGGUUUGGAGGUUCUCCUCUUGGAUCAGUCACGAGCUGGCAGCAACAGCAGAUGCAGAAUGUACAGCACUCACCGCUUGGGCACAUGGGAAACCUAUGUCAGAAUUCAACCUUACACCUCACCAGCAGUCAUCAAAACCUUCACAUUAAGUCCGAGCCAACCUCCCCUCUGAGAGACCGGGGCAUCGGCAUGAUGGGCACAGGACUUGGAGGCGUAACGACAGUUGGAUACACUACCAGUCGGGAUCCAACCGAAUCAGACCGGUCCCCGAGUGGCAGUGCGUCCACCUGCGGGAGCUUGUACGAAGGCACGGAGGAGCACGAGGAUCACCUUGGGAACGACAGCUUCCUGCUCCGACCUGUGUCCAGUGAGGAGGAGCAUCACAGCCCGUCAGUAAAACGAGUCCGGCUGUUGGAUGGCUGGACGGCAUGAGAAGCUGCGUAGAGGUCUGCAGCCACGGGGGGGACGGGGGCUGGUCCUAAAGUACCAUGUAGUGUUAAAUCUCAUCAUAUUCUUCUUGUACUGAGUGGGUGUGCUAUGUGUAUAAUGGUAUCAUGUACAUGAAGGGAAAGAGAGUAAGACAAUCCAAGUCUCUAAUGACUUAUUUUUUAAAUACAGGGAAGUACUGCUGUAUUUCCAACAUGCACUGUCAUCGUACUUGUACAUUAGAGUACCAUCUCCUCUGAGAGCUGGAUGUCAUUGGAGAAAAAUCAUUUACUCAACUAGCUCAAGAUGCAGUUAAGUCAGUAGAUAUUUGCACAUCAACAAAGUGCAUAUUGCAGUUGAAAACACAUAGUGAAUGUAUAAAUAAAUAGCAGU